UGAUACUAUCUCUUUCUUCAGGUCAUUAAUCAUUUAAACGGUAGAUUUGAUUCUGAGAUUAAUGCUCUUCGUACCAGCUAUCGUGACGUUCUCAUAACAGAUAUCAGGAGGUUACUGGAUAAAUUAAAUACAUCUGUGAACUCUGCCCAGUCUGAAUACGAAGCUACAAUCAGCAGACUGACAGAAGAAGAGAGAAAUUUAGGAGAACUUCAGGGAAAAUUGCACACUCUGAGGAACUCUGUCCAGCUAUUAAAGAGAGACCUGGAUGAUUUCAAAGAAGAGUAUCUUGACAGUGUAGACUAGGGCGCGCCUGUUUGCGCGCUAAAUAAUUGAGUAGUAUAGUUGUGUAUGUGUUUUAAAUUGAAUGUCCUGAUGGGUGGGCGUUAAUGAAUACCUUUUGUGUUUUGUCUGGUGCAUAAAACGAGCUGUUAUGUGGUUUCAGUGGAUUGCGUGGGUGGCUGCUUGCAUAAAAUACAAGCCGAAUUGCUUGCAGGCAAGCAUUAAUCUCUUCUAGUCAAUUCUCUUCAACGUCUUUUGUUAGCUUGAAUAUUAUAGCACUAGCAGCUCUUGUUAGUAAUGGCAAUGGUCAUGGAUUGCUCUGGACAGCAGCAGUUGCUUGGGCGGGAUAGUUCAAGCUCUCCCGAGCCUUCAGCUGUACUAAGCGCUGGUGGGCUUUCUGCCAAGCUACAGCAGUCUCUAUUCGCUCAGGUCAACAUAGACUCGGACAGAAACGAGGACGUCAAGCCUCCUUAUUCUUAUGUUGCUCUGAUUGCGAUGGCGAUUGCAAAGAGUCCAGACAAACGACUCACUUUAAGCGGGAUUUACCAAUUCAUAAUGGACCAGUUUCCUUACUACGCCAAGAACAAGAAGGGGUGGCAGAACUCCAUAAGACACAACCUCUCCCUAAACGAGUGCUUUGUCAAAGUUCCUCGGGACGGUGGAGAUAGAAAAGGCAAUUACUGGACGCUCGACGAGUCCUGUGAAGAAAUGUUCGAGAAUGGCAACUUCAAAAGAAGAAAGCGAAUGAAAAGGCCUCAAAAACCUCUCAGCACCGAGCCAAAGAAAGCAAUUUACUUCACCACGGGCAAUCCUGGUGCUGGCUGCUUUGCGGAGGACAAUCAGCUAGGCGGGACGUCCCAGCAAGGCUACUGCCACCCGAUGCCUCCCCAGCAUCAUCCGUAUGCACCCCCGCCGGCCUAUCCCUCGGGUACAUCAAUGCAGCACAUGUAUGGCCAAUACGGUACCGGUGGAGCAGUCACACCGCCUUACCUCGGAGGCUACUCUCCCUCUCCACCUCAGCUGGACCUUUACGGUACACGCUCAAAUUGUUUGCCGUCGUCCACGUCUUGCCAUAACUCAUAUUCCUCGGCACCCCAAGGCUCUAAUAUUUAUGCAUCUGGUUCCGGUUGCUACCUCCCUGGUGCAUCGCUUCCAUCUUUCGGUUCUACGUAUGGUGGAUUUGGAAACUCUAUGUCAAACCCAUACCUACUGGAUGGUAAAGUCAUGUAAUCAAUUUACCAAGGACGCCCAAUAUAGAUAGAUUAAACAUUAUAUAGACAUAUUAUUCAUUUCUCUCUCUCUCUCUCUCUCUGCUUCUCUCACUCAUGGAACUAGCUGUUUCUUUUGGUAGCAAAGUCUUUAAUAUUUAUAUAUCAAUCAUCAUCAGGCAUCAUAUUCUCCUCCUCUCUCUCUCUAUCUGUUCAGUAUCCUGCAGGCAAAAUCAUCACUUUCUAUAUCAUUGACUCAUUCCCCUUCUGUCUGGCUGUCUGGCCAUUCUUUCUUUCCCUCUUUCAUGAACAGCAGGUUUUCAUUUUCAACUCAAUCAUUGUUUGUUUUUACUAAAUAAAACAUAACCCUCUCUCUCCCUCUCAUUAUAUUAUACUCAUUCUUUUUCUGACAACAAUUAUCAUUCAUUAUUAUCACUAUUGUCAUUAUUACUAUUAUUAUUAUUAUUAUUGAAAAGAAAAACCUUU